CAUACUGACACGCAGAAAUCCUGGAGAACACACCAUCCGCCUUCUGUCGACCACGUUCUACUUGAGAGACGAUGUCCCCAUAUCCAUUGGGCAUGCUGUUUGUCAUGCCAUGAUGGCACACUUGGUCGAGGAUGUCAAAUUCAGUGUUAUGACAGGGACGUAUGACAUCAUUGACAUGGUUGAGGAUGAUCUGGUCACCUCCGCGAGAAAUUUCAUGCUGUUCUUUGAUGCCUGUCCAAGUGAGUUUGGUGGUCUCACUGCCCUCGACCUCGAGAAUUUGAGAUUUGGUGAAUCAGACAUAUCCAAUGUCCUCAUCACUUGCAAGCGGUUGAAGCGUCUUCGUUUGUACAAUUGCGACUCUGGUGAUUGCAGCACACUGCCAGUUGAACAUUCUCAUCUCAGUGAGCUUAGUAUUGUCCACUGUAGUCUCGAACGAGUUAUGCUGAACUGGCUCCCUCAACUCACAAGGAUGGUCUUUGAAGGCUGGCUGCAAUUCCAAGAUCCACUGUUCAUUGUCAUGUCCCAUUGCUGGAGGCUGUAAGCCUCACAAAUCUCAGCCUUAGUUACCACAAGAUGGUGAAGUUAAGUGAGUUUCUUAGUGGUAGCUCUAUACGAGACCUGAAGUUGCGAUUUUGUUCCGAAAAGAUUUGGGUGCAGCCAGAAUGUCCGACGCAAUGUUUGGCAUCUGUUUUCCGCCAACUAAGGUUUUUGAAUAUAGUUGAUCUUCCUGAAGGGUAUGAUCUCACCUGGACAAUGUAUUUUCUUGAAGCUGCGCCCUUACUGAAGGAGCUAUACAUAACGGUAUGGGAUCAUGAGUGUAAAAUGGAAAUGGACGAGGAGAAGAGGAAAGAAGAAUCAUAUAGUGAGAACAAGGGUGUAGAGUGGGACUCAGCCGCGGCAGAUUUCCAACACCACAGUUUGGUCACACUCGUCAUGUUUGGCUUUGAAUCUGAAGAUUGCUUUGUGAGUUAUGUCAGACGUGUUCUCGCGGCGGCAGUCAAUCUAGAGGAUGUGUUCCUGUGUUGUGGGUUGGAGUGUGACAAUUGCCCGGACAAGAAGCCUGGCAGGUACCCCUGGACUAAAAGGCAGAGGAUCUCACUGAAGAAGAGAAUGACCGCUGGGAUUGAGUCGUUUGCCAUAUUUCACUAUGCUACUAACAUGAGGACUGAUCAUCUAAAAAGAAGGGAGUACCCAAAGUGCUCACUGCUGGAGGCAAAAAAUGAUUUUCUCUGA